GUGCAAGCAAAAAAUUAAAGCAACAACAACAAAAAAAGCUAAAUUGCCUCCCCCCAAAGAGAGACAAAACCCUAACCAAUAAAACCACGGAAUGCGUGUCCUUUCGAUUUCAGUUUCCUCAGUCCGACCCCUUAUAGCUUGGCCUAAAGAGAACAGCCUGUAUCCAGAGGAGCCAGACGCAGGAGGAGCGGACCAGAGGUGAGCAAGGACCGCUGAGAACUUGUCCCCUCGCUGCAGCACCGAAGACAAGAGACUCUUCUAGGUUGGCAGGUUGCUUGCCAUGGCAUCUGGACCCAUCAUGAUGACCCCCAUUUGUCUGGUGGAAAACAACAAUGAGCAGCUGUCAGUGAACCAGGAAGCUCUGCAGAUUCUUGACAAGAUUUCUCAGCCAGUGGUGGUCGUGGCCAUUGUAGGACUAUAUCGUACAGGCAAAUCCUACCUGAUGAAUCGUCUUGCAGGACACAACCAUGGUUUCCCUCUGGGCUCCACGGUGCAGUCUGAAACCAAGGGCAUCUGGAUGUGGUGUGUGCCUCACCCUUCUAAGCCUAACCACACCCUGGUCCUUCUGGACACCGAGGGCCUUGGUGAUGUGGAAAAGGGCGACCCCAAGAAUGACUCGUGGAUCUUUGCACUGGCCGUGCUUGUGUGUAGCAGCUUUGUCUACAAUAGCAUGAACACCAUCAACCACCAGGCCCUGGAGCAGCUGCAUUAUGUGACAGAGCUGGCAGAACUUAUAAGGGCAAAGUCCUCCCUUACCCCGAAAGGAGUAGAAGAUUCCACAGAGUUUGUGAGUUUCUUUCCAGACUUUAUCUGGACUGUACGGGAUUUCACCCUGGACCUGAAGUUAAAUGGUUACCCCAUCACUGAAGAUGAGUACCUGGAGAAUGCCUUGAAGCUGAUUCCAGGCAGAAAUCCCAAAAUCCAAAUGUCCAAUCUUCCUAGAGAGUGCAUCCGGCGAUUCUUCCCCAAACGGAAGUGUUUUGUCUUUGACCGCCCAACAAAUGACAAAGAAAUCCUGGCCAAUAUUGAGAAUGUGACAGAAACACAACUAGAUCCUGAAUUCCAGGAACAAACAAAAAACUUCUGUUCUUAUAUCUUCAACCAGGCGAGGACUAAGACCCUCAGAGAGGGAAUCAAUGUCAAUGGGAAACGGCUGGGGACUCUGGUGGUGACCUAUGUGAAAGCCAUCAAUAGUGGAGCAGUGCCUUGUUUGGAGACCGCAGUGAGAACCCUGGCCCAGCUUGAGAACUCAGCGGCUGUGCAGAAGGCAGCCGACCACUACAGUGAGCAGAUGGCCCAUCGAGUGAGGCUGCCCACAGACACGCUCCAGGAGCUGCUGGACCUGCACGCAGCCUGUGAGAAGGAAGCCAUUGAAAUCUUCAUGGAGGACUCCUUCAAGGAUGAAAACCAGGAGUUCCAGAAGAAUCUUGUGGAAAUCCUGAAGAAUAAGAAAGAGAGUUUCUUGCUGCAGAACCAAGAGGCAUCUGCUAAAUACUGCCAGGCUAAACUUGAUCAGCUUUCAAUGGCCCUAAUAGAAAGUAUUUCAGCAGGAACAUUCUCUGUUUCUGGCGGUCACACGCUUUACUUGGAAACAAAGGAAAGGAUUGAACGAGACUAUUGGCAAGUACCCAGGAAAGGAGUGAAGGCAAAGGAGGUAUUUCAGAGGUUCCUGGACUCGCAGGCAGCCAUAGAGAAAUCCAUCCUGCAAUCAGACAAAGCGCUCACUGAUGGGGAGAAGGCCAUAGCAGAGGAGCGGGCCCGGAAGCAGGCAGCUGAGAAGGAACAGGAGCUGCUGAAACAGCAACUGCAGGAGCAGCAGGUGCAGAUGGAAGCACAAAACAGGAGUCUCCAGGAAAAUAUUGAUCAACUGAAAGAGAAGCUGGAGAGGGAAAGAGAAAACAUAAUAAGAGAGCAGAAUAUGAUUUUGGAGCAUAAACUGAAGGUCCAGGAAGAACUGCUUAGAGAUGGAUUUAAAAAGAAAUCUGAAGAAAUGAAUGCAGAGAUAAAUCAUUUGAAAAAUAUUAUUGAUAGUACUAAAAAUGAUGAUACUUCCUGGUUAGCAGAAACCUUAGGCAAAAUUGGCAGUGAGAUCACUUCAAUAUUGUGUACUAAACUUCUUGAUAAUGUUGUGAGAGGCGUGAGCUUACUAUUCAAAAAGAAAUAGCUCUUCUUUUAAAGAAUUUAUACAAUGUGCAUAUAUGGUUUGACCUGUUUUGGAUGUGUAUUCUUUUUUAUUUCAUUCAGCCACGUUUUAAAUAUAAAAAAUGCCUACUAGAGGAUAUCAAUGCCUGGUUCACAUUAGAUAAAAUAAAUGCACAUACAAAAUGAUAUAGCACACCCAGUUUUCAGAAAUAUACAUGGUUAAAAUAAUAAAAAA